AUUCAUAAUUUUUAUCUUCAAGUGUUCAUAGCAUAUUCAUCACUGAGAAAGAAAGAAGACUAACUGAAAAGAGAUUAUUACAACCAGCCAUUCAUUCAUUCAUCCAUAUUUCCUUGGUGAAGAUCAAGAAAAGAAAUUAUCAAUCUCUUUUAGAAGUGGUAAUUGAGGAGCGUUGUACAAUAUGAAAGAUCAAGAGAAAGGGAAAGGGCUCAUGGAACCUCAAAACUCAGCUACUGAAUUAAGAGCGCUUAUUGUAGAUGAUGAUAAGCUUGUUAGAAUGAUUCAUCAAGGUCUAUUGAAAAGAGCUGGUGUGAAAAAUGAAGCAGUAAAGAAUGGUAAAGAAGCCAUAGAUAUUCAUUGUAGUGGUCAAAGUUAUGACAUUAUUUUCAUGGACAAAGAUAUGCCUAUCAUGAAUGGGAUUGAGGCAACCAAGAAACUACGAUCAAUGGGUAUUGAAAGCAUGAUUGUUGGUGCGUCAUCAUGCAAUAGAGAUGCAGAAAAACAAGAAUUUAUUGAGGCAGGGCUAAAUGACUAUCAAGUGAAACCGUUGACCCUUGAGGCGCUUAAGUCGAUUCUCGAUGUGGUAAAAGCUAGCAAGUAGCAUGGCCUAUUGUGGAUGAUGUUGUAGAAAAUUAGGAGAAAAGUGGUUUUUACUUUAGAUAGUUUCUUUUAAAAAUGUAUGGGAAUAAUCUGUAAUUCUCAAUUGUCAAAUCAGUAUUGUAAUAAUUGAAGCUACUCGUAAGUUGUUUGUUCCGACAAAA